AUCACCGUGGGCAACGGGCUGACUGGACUGCCAGCACUGCGAAGCAGUCGGAACUCAGAUCAUUAUGACAGAGAUCACCACAUGGGCGAUCCGCACUAUAGGCCUCCCAUCCCCGGGAUGAGGCCUGGCUACGAGCCAGGGAUUGAUGAACGUGGGUACAGGAGGCGGAGCCCGAGCAGAGGGAGGAGCCGGGGGAGGAGCCGAAGCCGCAGCCGAGGCAGGGGGCGGAGCAAAAGCCGGCCCAGGAGCAGGAGUCGCGGGAAGAGUCGGGGGCGGAGCAAGAGCCGCCAUCGCAGCAGGAGUCGCAGCCGUGACAGGAGCUGCGGGAGGAGCAAGAGCCGCCCCCGCAGCAGGAGCUGGAGCAGGGGCAGGAGCCGGGGGCGGAGCCACGCCAAGGGGAAAAGCAGGAGUCGCAGUCGCAGCGGCAGCAGCAGUAGCAGCAGCAGCAGCGGGAGCAGGAGCAAGAGCCUCUCUUCCGUAAAUAGGGCCCAGGAUAGAGACGACUUUCGGGAGCUGCAGCUGGCGCGGCGGCGCAAGGAGCUGGAGGAAAUGCUGACUGCUCCAAAGAAGUCCAUCCUGAAGAAACGUCUUGACUCGGAGACUGAUUCCCCAGCAGCUGCCCAGACCAGCGAUUCCCCCCAGGACAUCCUGGUGGAGCAUCAGAGCAGCAGCCUCUCCAGAGAGACGGAGCGCUUCCUUAAUGCCGUGACCAAGGGGAUGGAGUCUGGUCUCUUUGCCUCCAUUCUGGGUGAAAUGGGUGGAGGUCCUCCCGAGAAGGUGCAGCUGAUGAGAGAGAAUCCUGAGGGGGGGCAGUAUGCAGACAUUGUAGGCCGGGUCAAGCAAGAGCCACAGGUGGAGGGUGUGAGUGAGUUCCUCCUACCUCACGAGACGGUCAGUCAGGACAGCAGCGGCUUCUCCAGGAUUUUGGGCCUGAUGGGGGGCUCGCCCAGCCUGCAGGAGAUGAGGAGAAGCUUCACGGACAUCGAGGACGAGGAGAAGUUCCUCUACGGAGAUGAGGAUAAGGGUGAGCAGGACAAUCCGCCAGUGCAGACCCAUUCAAUGGUCACAGCUGGACUGUCCCGACAGCACAUUCAGCCUGAACCGUAUGGUGACGGCCGGCCUGAGAUGGCCAAGUAUCUCGACAGCAAGUUAGGGAUGUCCCAGUACCUUGACAACAAGUCAGACAUGCCAGAGUAUCGUGACAGUCAAGACUUCCUGCAGCGCCGUCUCAGUCAGGCAGAGGUGGCCCAUGAGCUGCUGAGCAAAGCAUAUGGCGUUGCCACAGACUCGCCCUCUCACCGGGGUAAGGCAAGCAUUGAGGACCAUCUGGAGGCUCACCUGCUCCGCAGCUCCCUCCAGCACACUCAGGCGGACAUGAGGUACCGCCAUCGGAGCCAGUCCUCCACCACGCCUGAGGGCGACAGCAGGGCGGGCGUGUCCCGUCAGCAGUCCGAACCCGCUGGCUACCCGCCGGGGUUGGACCCGCAGGAGGCCAGGGAGAGGCACGAGGUGGAGGAGUACGAGAAAAUCCAGGACCUGCUGAAGACCAUCGGGCUGGACUUGGGUGUGGCGGAGAUCAGCAAGAUGGCGGCCAGGACGCAGGAGCGCCUGCACGGCAAGAAGCUGCCCCCGGGGUCCUCCCGCCGCGGGGAGAAGCAGCAGGACCGGCGGGCGUCGUCCGGCAGCUGGGACCGGCGCCGCAGCGGGAGCCGGAGCCCGAGCAGCAGUCUCAGCCGCAGCCCCAGCUGGAGCCGCGGCAGGAGGAGGUCUCUGAACUCGGAGAGGCGCUCCGUCUCCCCUCAGCCCGCCAGGCGCAGCUCGCACGGUGACCCCCACAGUGCUCCAGGCAGGCCAGAGCUGCAGCCCAAAGCAGAGGAGCAGGGCUGGGGGAUUCCGGUGCUGGGAAAGGGUGCCUCUCAGCCUCCCAUCACGGUCAGCGUGGAUCCCACUCCCAGCACCGCGUCUGUCCAUCAGCCAAUCGCUGCUGUAGCAGCACACACCGUUCAUGCAGUCCCGGGGUACCAGGCCCAAACACCAGCCUACCCGCCGCCUGCUCCGAAUUACCCCCCUCCUGGCUACGGCCAGUACGGGAGUUACAUGCCUUAUGUGGACCAAAGGUGGCCCAUGUACCCUCCUCCCUCCCUGGUGCCACCUCCCGCCCCUGUGGAGGCUCACCAGAUGCCUGCCGCACCUGGACGGCCCUACCUGAGAGUCAUUGAAACGGUUGCCAUGGAUCAGCAGAACAAAGAGUCCACGACCCAGUAUCGUAAGGCAGAGCUGCUGCAGGCAGCAGAGAGAGUGUUGAAGGGGGAGGCUGAAGACAAUGUAACCAGUCAGAGUGCGAAAGUGGGGAGCAGCCAAUCACAGAGGGAUUUGGAAGAGAAAAAUAAUGAAAGUCAAAAACAAAAGGUCAUUGAAGAACUAGAGAACCUGAAGAAAGAACGAGAUGUGCGAAUGAAGAAGAAAGAGUAUCUCAUGAAGGAACUGGAGAGAUUACGAAAGCAGCAAGGGGAGCUCUUGAGGAAGAAGAGGCGAGAAAGAGAUGGUCACAAGGACCCUCUUCUGGCAGAGCUGGGCCGCCUCCAGGAUGAGGUGAUGGCGCAGAUCUCCCACCUCCGCAAGGACCAUGAGGAGGCCGAGAAGAAGCAUUCCGAGCUGGACAAGGUGGCCCUCAUCCUGGGCUUGCACGUUUCGGGCAAGCACAGGAAGGAGCACCGAGCCUCUGGGGAGUACGAGCCGCCAUCGAAGAAGACGCAGGAGCGCGCACCGAGCCCUGAGAAAACACCUGCUGCUCCCCCCUCCAACACCUCCUCUUCUAAAGUAGAAUUCUUAGCGCUGGUCAAGGUUGCACAGCAGAGAGCCGAGGCACUGGCCUCAUCCACUUCGAAGUCCAGCCCUGAAAAACAGAAGCUGAAAAGCCCAGUUCGUACCUCUUCUCCAGAAAAUUCAGCAGACCUGUAUGAAUACUAUGACUCUGGGAACCACUGGUGUAAAAACUGCAACACCACCUGUGGCUCCAUGUUUGAUUUUUUCACACACUUGCACAGCAAAACGCACAGAAAGACUCAGGACCCCUACGAUAGACCCUGGGCAUCAAAUCCCUCCAGCAAAGAGAAGAAACGUACCACUGGAGAGAAGGUUGUUAGGCCAGCUAAAGGUUCUGAGUUUUUGGUCCCUGUGAUAGGAUUUUACUGCCAGCUGUGCGAGGAGUUUUUCGGGGAUCAGAUAUCCGCAGAAGAUCAUGUCAUAAGUCACGGUCACAAUGAGAAAUAUAAGAAGCGCAUUGAAGAGUACCCCCUCUACGAGCAGAGGAGAAAUCUAGACCGACAGGCUGGACUCACUGUGGUGAACAGUGACAACAGAAAGAAAAGGCACAGUGAGCUCAAACGAAAACUAGACAAAGAGCCCAUGGAACACAGAGACGAAAAAGCAGUAAGUCACAGAGAUGAGAAGUCCAAGGGUGACAGAGAGGAGAAGCAAACUGGCGACAGAGAUAAGUGCACAGGUCACAAAGAUGAGAAGUCCCCUGGUCACAGAGAUGGAAAGUCCACCAGUCACAGAGAUGAUGGGUCCACAGGCCACAAAGAUGACAAAUCUAUUGGUCACAGAGAGGAGAGGGAAGAUAGAAAACUGACACAAGCGCAGGAGGUUAAGUCAGAGUCCCAGGAACCAGCAGAGCUGGCUGAAAAGCCCCCAGACUUUCACAGAGUAAUCUGUGGGCCCAGUCCCUCAAUACUGGCAAAGGUGAGAAAGAGAAACGAGGAGCUGGCCAAGAGCUCCGCUGCAGCGUCCGCCUUUGGGAGGUUCAGCUGGAAGAAACCUGACAAGGAGGCUGAGAAGGAAGAGGAGAAAGCAGUUGAAAACGUGAUGGAAGAAAACAACAAUCUAGAUGAAGGUGGAGACAAAGAAGAUGGGAAAGGUCCCUUGGGAAAGGCCAAGACCAUUUCCAUCAAGCUGUCUGGAAAGACCAUCAUUCCUCCCUCUAGUGCGUGGGUCCCCUGCAGUUCCGCUAACUCUGCGUCUGCCUCAACAAAAAUCCGGCCUAACCUGCCUGUGCCAGCUAUGGUCUUGAGGAAAUCCAGCACUGUUGCCUCCAGUAAGCCUGCUCCAUUAAACACUUUCCUGUCCAUCAGACCCCCUGGCAAUGGCAGUAGUGAACCUCUGCCAGUAUUGAAGAGCCAGGAUAAAAAAGAUGGAGUGCUGACUGCUGACCUUAUUUCCAAGGCAUUUGGUGGUGAGGAGGUCGUUUUGAAAACUCCCGAAGUGCAAGGGAAAACUACAACCCUCGUAACAGAUUCAAUAACGCCCUCCAAGACGGUUAGAAGCCCGCCUGCCGCUGUUGAAACAAAGACGCCCUCUGUGGAAAAAACAGAUACAGCUCAAGUUCAGGAACCGCCCCCUCCAGUCAUGCGCGUAAUGAGCUUUGAGUCCGAUGUGGCUGCCCCAGGAGUCCCUGAAAGUGAGCAAACUGUAACUGUGCUGGUUCGCCCUCCUCCCCUGCACAAGAAUCUGAUUGAAUCCUCACAGAAAAACGAAAAGCCAAAAUCCAGUUUGGCUGCGGCUAAGGUACAGGAUUUGUAUGACAUCUUUUACAGCAGCAGUAAAGGCACCUCUGACCUCCUAGCCAGAACGAAAGACUCAAAGAACGGAGAGGCCACCAAGAGCAAGGGCUCGGGGGCCUCUGCUCCCAAAACCGAAAACAAAAGCGAGGCGGGGGCCCAGAACUCAAAAGCGUCUGACAGGGGCAGCAGCCUGCAGCUCAAGGACCAGAUCUCAGAUGAUUGCAGUCAGAAAAAGGACUCUGGGGUAACUUCGACUAGCUGUAAAAUGCCAGCCCUGAGAUCCAGAAUGGGAGAACUGGACCUGGAAUCACUGGACUUUAAUUUUGAAUCUGCAUAGUUGGAUGUGAGGAAUUUGAUGCAUUGUAAUGUCACUGCCCAGACUGUAUGUGGUACUGAAGAAGCAGUGGGUUUGUUUGGUCUCAGACAGAAUGUUCUGGCACAAGUAGUAGGGUUGGCAGUCAGUCAGGCUGGAUGAAGGAAGGGGUUUGACAGAAGGGGUACUGCAAAUGUGGGGGUUGGAGUGAGGGUUGGGGCAGGGGAUGGUUCUUAGUGAUGGAGAACACACCUCUCUCUUAAGCUAAAAAAAAAAGUUCCUGCUUGCCAUGUUGUGCAAUCAAAUGAGAUUGUACUGCAUGUUUCACCAUUGUUCUGACAUUUCCAACAUUUAGGGGAAAAAAGUCUGCCCUUACCUUCCUAUAAAAGACAAGUUAAUACAGGAACAAGAAAAAGACCAUGGAUGAGAAGAAAGAUUGGUAAGGAGACGAAGCAAGGACCAAAACAAGUUUCAAAUUUUUUUGUUUCUUUUCAUCACUACAUCACAUAUUUGUGGCUUGUUGCAGCACUCGGCAGAAAAGCAAUGAAGAUGUGGAUGAAAAAAGUGUACAUAUGAAUUCCAUUUUGUUAGUCUGUCAAAAUUAAAUGUGCAUGCCAUGGUUACAUGACUCGCUAUGUAAAAUUGGCUCAAAUAAAUGUGUUGCCACUGAAGUUUGCUCUGGAAUUGCUUGUAUUUUUAUUUUUCAGCUUUUAUCUAAAUAUCGGGGGGGUCAUUGCCAAAUUAGUUGUAAACCACUAUGUCUGUACUUCACAUGGCUCUACCUUUAUAUUCUUAAAACAAUGUGCUACGCUUUUUUAGAUUUGGUUUGUUUUCCAUUUUAAUUGUCUGUAACAUUUGUAAGUUUCUUGUUUACUUGUAUUUGACUAAGAAAUGCUUGUCACCAUGGUCUUUAUAUUUUCUUUCUAACGUGCCAACAAAAUUCAGAUCACUGCCUGAAAUCAUACACUGUUGACUGGAAAGGUGAGAUAAAAGCAAUAACACACAAAAAACCUGUGUGUAGGCUAACUUUCAAGACACAAAAAGACUUAGGAUGCUUCUGCAUUUACCAUGUUUUUAUUUUCACUCCCACAUGUCUGUGAGCGUUAACUUCCUACAUACUCAAGGUAUUUGCUGAGGCAUCUCAUGUUAUUUACCGUGAUGUGCUUGUGUUGCAUAACACAAGUCAUGAUGAAGGUAAUAGUGUCAAAUCUGUUUUGUCUGAAAUCAAUGUUUAAUUCAUUUGUUGCCACACGUAUAUUUUGACCAUGGACUGAUAUUAUAACUGUCACGCAACUUUGCUGAUUGCUUAUUCGAGCAGUGUUCCUUUCGUCCUUGUGGCAGUUGUCUGGGAAGACUUGAACUCAACAGUCGUGAUGUGCAUCCAAAAGAUUCUAUUCGCAUUCUGCACAAUGAGAUGGAAUGGGGGUACUGAUGUUCCUACACCUCCAUCAUUGAGAAGUUGGAACCUUGUGGAACAAGCUGCUGGGCUCCUGCAAUACUGUGUUCUCUCUAUCUCUGUGGUCAAGGUCAGUGCAGUUAUUCCACACAAAGCCAUUUGGAAAUUCUGGAUUUCUAAACCGGAACAGGUAAGAUCCCAACUGAAGAAUCUUUUGCAAGAACAACCAUUAUCAGGCAAGAUUUUUUGUGUAAUG